UUUCAAAUUUUUCAACCGUCAGUUUGUGGAGCAUUAUUCUGGAAUUUUCCCAUAAUUUUCCUGUCAGUAAUUUUCUGAAAGACAAAUGGCUAUAAUUCGACUACAAAAUUAUAUAAUCAUCUUUGCCUGGAAAUUUUGAUUUUUUUUUUUUUCAAAUGUAGGGGGAAAAUUGUGUUUAUAAUCUAGAAAUGAUAAAUUGAAAGUAGGAAAUGAUAAGUACAGCAAUGACGGUAUGUUCAAGUUAAUCGUGAAAAUUUCAACAGACAUAAAAUGUUCAAUAUUAAGAAUAGGCACAGGAAGACGAUUACUAUUAAUUUUAAUUCUGAUUGCUUUACCGUUUGGUAAGAUCUGCUGGAAUGGCGGUAGACAGGGCUGUCGUGUUUACACAAGUAGUAAUGUUCACAUAGCAGAUUGUUCUUUACUACAAAUGGCGGUAGAUGUGCCAAAUGAUUUGGAUCCUCGUAUCGAAGUCAUGAAUCUAUCCGGCAAUCAUUUGACAAACAUUAGUGAUAGAUCUUUCGAAAGAUACAAAGAUACUUUAAUCUCUUUAGAUCUAUCAAACAUGUCUCACUUUAAAUCGUUGAACAUAACCUACGACGAUAAAAGUUUUACCGGGUUACGUAAAUUGGAAUACUUGGAUAUUAGUCAUUCGUGCAUCGUAAGACAUAAAUUCCGAUUCCCCAGUUCGCUAAAAACACUCAAAAUGGAACGGUGCGAAUUAAAUUCGUUGAAUUUUUCACACAUGCGAGGGUUAGAAGAAUUACACGCAGCAUCGUGUAAUUUGGACGAUUUGCCGCUUAUUCACAAACAAUCUCCGCUAAAGUUCUUGGAUCUUCGACGCAAUAACUUGGCAAAGUUACGAGUGGAAACCAUAGCUCAGUUUUGUCAGCUGAAACAAUUUCAUUUAGAAAUACCCGACGGUGAAGGGUUACAAAAUCCUAAAACGUAUUGCCAAUGUAUCUUGAUCGAGAGCUGGUUAAAUAACACGGGAGUACGUCACGAACACUUGAAUUGUACCAAAAGAAGCGAAAACAAAAAUGCACCUAAACUCAACAUGAGUUCGGAAUUCGAUCAAUUACAUUUCAUUUCUGCGUUAGGUGUUAAAAAAAGUGAAACCGAAAAUAUUACUAUUGAUUUUCUUCCCAAAGGCAACAUGAAACCCACAAAUUGUACGUCACAGCCAAGCGAAAGUACAAUGAACCUUAGGAGAGACUGUAUGGCAAAACUUUCACCCUAUGUUAUAACACCAGUACAAACGAAUUGGACGUUGAUUGGAAUCGUACUUUUAGCGGUGUUUUCAUUACUGAUAUUACCAAGCUUCGUAUACACGAGAACACGGCUUCGCAGAAAAAGAAAGCGAAGUGUAACCAAUGAUCAAGUACAAGAAGAAGAAUAUGAAGAGGAAACAGAAGAAGAAGUUCAUCAUUAUGAUCAUUAUGACUACGGUUAUGGCUACUAUUAUCAAUAAAUCUAAUCAUGGUGUUUUUCAAAUCAA